ACCGCAGUGGGAGCCUUACGAGCUGGAAGGAGAAGCUACAACGGAGCGAUACCGCACCGGCGUUGAGCAUGGUCAUCACUUUGGAAAAGAAGGAACAUGGCCACCAGACAGCUGCGAGCAUGAGCGUGCCUACACUCCGGAAGAGCGAGAGUGAGGUGAGCGUCGACGAGGCUGCUGCUGCUGCCUCUACUACAAAGAGCACGCUACAGGGUUACGGCAAGAACUGGGACUCGGAAAUGGAGGCUCUCCUCCGGGACAUGUACAAUGGCGUCAAGGCACAGCAGAUCCUCCAACCUAUUACUAACAUGUCCGUCUCGUCAACAAACCUUGCGGGAACUGGCCGUCGUCCUUCCGUACGCACCGCGGCGAAUCUCAAACGGGGCAGUAUCCGCGGCCUUCAUCAGCUCCUCAGUGCGCAAGGUGGUCCCCAGAGCCCAUAUUCCAGUGCUGGCGGUAGCAGCAGCUCGAUUGAUGGACGGCUUAGCCCCGCGCCCAGUUUCGCCACUAGUGAAACUAACUUUGGCAGUGGGUCCACGCUUUUCACGCCCACCAUCGGGUUUGCUAGCAACCUCAGUCACACUAUCAUCAAAGAAUCGCUCAGCGAAGAUAGUGAUGGGAACCGUGUGCUUCGGGCACUCGGCAAUGCUGCUGGCAGACGCGAUCUCGCUUCUCCAUCUAUGGCGAGCCUAGUCAGCCAGGGGCGAGAGUCCGCCGAGGACGAAGAACUGUCCGACGAAGAACUCGCCCUUCUUGGUCCUCCGUGGGCGAAAGAGGGCAUGCUGUGCAGAAAGCAAUAUUGGGAAAUCACCGGGAAACGCGCGAAGAACAAGGAUUGGAAGGACGUGUUUGUUGUCAUCCAAAAAGGCGAACUGAGCAUGUUCAUAUUCGGCGAAGGAAGCAGCAAUCGUGGUGGAGGGGGGGUUGGAGGUGGCAAUUGGCUAAGCAACGCCCAACAAGUCGGUGGCGUCAGCCUAUCACACUCGCUGGCUCAUGUCCUGCCGCCUCCUGGUUACAACCGCCAGCGCCCGCACUGCUUUGUCCUCACGCUAUCCGAUGGUGCGGUCUACUUUUUCCAAGCUGGGACAGAAGACCUCGUAAAUGAGUGGGUGUCGACGUGCAACUACUGGGCAGCGCGCUUCUCCAAAGAGCCCCUGCAAGGAGGCGUAUCGAAUAUGGAAUAUGGCUGGAACCGCGUCAUGCCUGGCUCCUCGGCGUAUGCAGUUGAACAGCGCUCAGAUGCCAUCAGCAUCAAGUCAUCAAGCAUCAGUCUGCGGAUUGGCAACACACCACACGCGGACAGAACGCUCAUCGCUGAGUGGAAGGCUCCUAUGGCACCGUCUGUGCACAGCACACUCGACGAGGAAACGCAGCUAGAAGCUCUUCAAAAGCAUGUCAAGACUCUACAGAAUGACCUCGAUGCUCACACGCAGCUGAAGGAACCCAUGCUGCAGCUGUAUACUCCUCGUUCCACCUUGUACGCCAGAGCCCUCGCAAACUGGGAAAAGAAGUCGCAGUAUCUGCUGUCCGAGGUGGUCAAGUACACGUCGUAUGUCGAGUCACUACGGAACGCCAUGUUGCUUCGUCUCAAAAAGCAAGGCGAGAAGGCCAUGGAGCGUGCCCUGAAUAAGGGCAGCACCGCCAUCGUGGAACUCGUUGCUCCUUCCAGCGUGACUGUGUCCAGCGGAAGUACCGUGGUCACCGGUGCUACCAGGAAGACAAGCAGUGCUCCUGUCGACACCAUCCAUGAGGUACCAGAGCCGGUGACACCGGCCAAAAGUGAGUUCCACGGUUCGAAUCUGGAACACAGAAGAGAGUCGGCAGAGGCUGAGCCUUAGCUGAUAAGUUCAUCUCAUCAC